AUGGAUGCACCAACUCAAGCUAUUUUAUCCGCUUUCUCUGUUGUCCUUGGUCUUGAGAAUGGUGAUCGACAGGCAGCAGAACAAAAUCUUACUGCACUUGAAGUUCUUGAAGUUUAUCCAGUUAAAGUAAUGAAUAUAUUCUCAGAUGAACAGCUGUCUAUUGAACUGCGUCAGUUAGCUGGGAUUACACUGAAAAAUUAUGUUGCUAGUCAUUGGAGUGAAGCGUCUUGUCUAUCAUUUAAACCACCGGAAACAACUGACGAAGCUAAGUCAUACAUUCGAUCUGGUAUCUUACAAUUAUUAACUUCACCACAUCGACUUAUUCGUGCAACAGUUGCGCAUACAAUCACUUUAAUCGCCCAGCAUGAUUGGCCAGAGGUUUGGCCUGAUUUAUUCAAUCAAUUGAUUGAAUUAAUUCGUCAGUCAUCAAUGAGUAAUGAUAUGAAUGUGAAUAAAAAUACUGUUCAUGGUGUGCUACGCGUAUUAACUGAAAUUAGUUCUGAUCUCUCAGAUCUUGAUCUGCCUAUUAUUGGUGCAUAUUUAAUGCCUGAACUCUUGAAAAUCUAUUCAGAUAAAGAGCAUUAUGGUGAGUCAACACGUCGGCGAGCUAUAAUCACGAUUGAUAAUCUGUUAAAUAUUGCUAUAAUGUGUCAUAAUGAGGAUAUAUUAAACGCCUUUGUGGAUCGUUAUAUUCGUCCAUCAUUGGGUGCAAUAGUUAGCGAUUUAACUAGUGAAGAAGAAUCCUUGGAAGUCUCAAAAGCAUCACUUAAAAGUGAACUUAUUCAACUUUUAACAACUUUGUGUGUAGAGAAUCCGAAAUUCUUCUCUACCUUUCCUGGUUAUGAUAUGUCACAAAUGAUUAAUAUUGUACUACAUUUAGUUGUAUAUUGUGUUAAACAUUAUGUUGAAUUAAAGAUUACUACAACUGACAAUAAUAAUUGUGAAGUUGAAGACGAGUAUGAUUCUGAUGGUGAAUUAUUAGAUUAUGAUACAUUUGUGUACAGUGUCCUUGAAUGUUUAACCAGUUUAAUAUCUUCAAAACCUAAAAAAUCAGUGAUUAAAUAUCUUGAUGCCUUGUGCUUUGAAAUAUGUCAACUUGUUCAACUUCCAGAGAAAACGUUGGAAACUUGGACCAGUAAUAUUUCUCAUUACGUGAAUGAUUCUGAAGAGCUUCUUGGUUAUUCUGUUCGUUUAGUCACUAUGGAUUUAAUUAAAAAAAUCGCAUCCGAUAUUCAUAAUGGUACAGAAUUUAUUAAUCAUUCUGUGCGUAGAAUGUUAACACUUUCAGAAAAUUUACAUAACAAUAGUGUAUCACACUGGUGGAAAAUACUUGAGGCGAGUCUUUAUAUAUGCGGAAAUUUAGCUUCAAUAUCAGUUAAUAUAUUCGAUUGCUGUACUUUCAAGAAUACUUCUAAAGCGGAUGUACUUGACUUCAAUGUAUUCUAUACGCAUUAUUUAAAGCCAAGUCUAGAGCAAAAAGAUUUCCCAUUUCUGCAAGCCACAGCGCUUCGUUGUAUGUCACACUUGUAUGAAGCCAAUAUUUUAAAUGAAUCGCAGGCACAAUGCCUUCCAAGUCUACUGGCCAAUUCUAUGCUAAAUACACAAUCAUCUAUAUUAAGAAUUUCUGCUAUGAAUUCACUUGAUGUUCUGCGUACAUUUAAAGGAACAAAACUUUCAACACUGAACACAAUAUCAUCAUCAUCAUUGACAACAACAACAACAGAGGCAGCAACAUUAUGGAUACAGAAUUACAUCGUGCCCCAGUUACCAAAUUUAAUAUCUAAUCUAUUAGAAUGUUUAUCUACAUUUGGAGAAUCAGUUCUAGAUAUUGGUUUAUCAGGUUUAUAUGAUUUAUUAUGUAUUGAUUUACAUCAAUUCACUCAAUCGAUUAUUGGACAAAUUAUACCUAUUAUGGUUGGUUUAUUUAAGCAUUGUUUUGGUGUUUCUGGUACUCUGUCACACUAUAUCAAUAUAAUUCGCAUUGUCUAUAAGGCAUCCUGUUCAAAUAAAGAAUCGAUUGAAAUGAUUGAAAAUGCAUUUAUGCCUACCUUGAUAGGCUGUUUAGAAAAUCACGAGACAUCAGAUUGUUGUAGUGUUGAAGCAGCUUUAAAAGUCUUCUGUGUAUUAAUUCAUCCAUCAGAAUUUGAAAUCAGUCCAGUUUUAAUGCAACGAGUAUUUCCAGCUGUAGUACAUAUCGCGAUAACAAGUACAGAAUCUGUUGUAAUUUCGGAAUGUUGUGAUGUGAUCAGAUGUUAUCUAGCAGCUAGUCCUGAACAAAUUCUUGAAUGGCAUGAUGAUGAAGGAAAUAAUGGAGUUGGUUACAUUCUGCAUAUAACAUCUCGACUGUUGGAUCCAUCGAAUCCUGUAGAAUGGGCUAUCCCAGCUGGUAAACUUGCCUAUGCUAUUCUAUUGAGAUUUAAUGCACAACAAUUAAGAGAGAAUACUGAUUUGUUAUUGCGUGGUGUAUUAGCUCGUCUUUGUACAUUAAUAAGAAAUAAUCAUAAAUCAGCAUCCCAGUUGUACAGUGAUCAAGAAACAGGUGUACAUGGUGCUAAACAAAGUUUACUCUUUGUACUUAUUUUAUUAUUUCGUGUACAAACAAAAUUGGCAAUUGAUUUUCUAUCUACAAUACCAGAUUUAUCUGGUAAACCAAUUCUACAAGAAAUAUUAUAUUUAUGGUGUUAUUGUCAACCAUUCUAUUUUUCACGUUAUGAAAUUCAAGUUAGCACAAUGGCAUUGGCCAAUUUAAUCUUGUACAGUAUUCAUACAAAAGAUGAACGUAUUAUGCAGAUAACAAUUCGUGAAGAACUGCCUACUAAUAAUGAUGCUAUGGAUAAUGUUGGAAUGAUACAAACUAGAGCAAAAACAAGUCAACAGGCUAAAACUGUGCUCCAGAUACCCAUCAUUGUUAGUAUGUAUAAAUUAUUAUUAAGUGAGUUGAAUAAGAAACUUGAAGAGGAGGAAUGUGAAGCAGAAAGUGAUGAAAAUGAAUUCGAUGAUGAUGAUGACGACGAUGAUGAAGAGGGGGAGGAGGCGGAUGGAGGUGAAGAUGACGUUGACUGCAUCGACAAUGAUUCUGAAGAAAUGAUUAUGAACAAAAAUAAAGUAGAAAAUGGUCUCGAACAACAACAGCAGGAACAACAAGGAGAUGAGAAGAAAAUGAAUGGACAGGGUGAUCAAAUUUUCAAUGAUCAAGGAAAGAAGAAAAGGAGACGACAGAAUAACAUGCAACAAGAUAACUGUGACAACAUAAGUGAUAUUGACGAUGAAGAUGAGAUUGCUGUCUCAGAAGAUCCAAUCUAUUCAACAGAUUCUAUUAUGACAUUGAAUUUAAAAGAGUAUUUGUGCAAUUUUCUGUCUGAAUUAUCUCAACAAGUUUAUUAUAAUGAAUUUAGUCGUUAUCAUACACCAAUGGAAUUGGCAACACUUCAACAAAUCGGUGUACUACCAUCGAUGGGAGGCGCGUGCGUAUAA